AAAAAAAAAACCGUCGGUUUGAGAAGUUGCCCAAAGGGAACUUUGAUAUUUGGUGACUCUUCCUGAAAAAGCUCUUUCUUCUUCCUUCCUUCUUCUUCUUUCGCUUUUUCACACCUCAAAUCAAAGAUCCGAAGACGAUUCCGGAAGCUACGACUCUGUAUCUGAAAUAGUUGUGUUUGAGGCUGGUUUAGAGAAGCGGGAUUGGUGAUCGGAGCUGGAAUUUGGUGGUAAUCGGAGGUCAGAGAGAAGUCAACGGAUAUGCCGGAGGAAGAGUCGAUAGAUAUCAAAUUCAGGUUGUACGAUGGCUCCGAUAUCGGGCCUUUUCGGUAUUCUGCGGCUUCUACUGUUGAUUUUUUGAAGCAGAGGGUCGUCUCUGAUUGGCCUAAAGGCAAAACGGUUGUUCCAAAGGGGAUAAAUGAAGUGAAGCUGAUAAGCUCGGGUAAGAUCUUGGAGAACAACAAGACUGUUGGGCAGUGUAAGACACCAUUUGGAGAGAUUGCUGGUGGAGUCAUUGUCAUGCAUGUUGUUGUACAGCCAUCUCUAGCUAAAACCAAAACAGAGAAGAAGGUUGAUAAAGCACCAAAGGCGGUAAUCUGCACAUGCACCAUUUUGUGAAGGGAGCAAGACCAAUGUAUCUAUCAUACACAUCGUUUCGAUUCUUCAGGUACAGAAGAAAACAAAAUCAAAAAAGAAAGCUAAAAGUAAAGUAAAGCUUCCCUUUAAGCUGUGGAGUUAUAUUUAUUAUCUUUGAAUGUGUAGAAAUUGAACUAAAUUCUUUUCAAGUAACUCUUUGUCCCUCCUUUGUUUUUUUUUUCUUAUUACUUUCCCAAUGUACGGAAGUUGUAUAGGUUACUAGGUCCAUUACAUUACGUGUGAUGAAGAUAAUUAUCUAUCUAUUUUAAAAAAAAAUUGUGCCUUUAUA